AUGGAUGCAAAUUUAGUCAUUUCAGAUUUAAAUAGUUCUAAAGAUUCUCUUUUGUCUGACUGUACUGGGUAUCAAAGAUUGAUAGGCAGAUUGAUUUAUCUUUUAGCCACUAGACCUGAUAUUGCAUUUGCUGUUCACUGUUUAAGCCAGUUCAUGCAUGCUCCCAGACAGUCUCAUCUAAAUUUAGCACUCAGAAUUCUCAGAUAUCUUAAGUUGUCACCUGGAAAAGGAAUCAGCUUUACAAAGUCAGAAUGUUUUAAUCUUACUGCUUAUGUAGAUGCUGAUUGGGGUAAAUGCUUAUCCUCUCGACGAUCUGUUACUGGAUAUUGUUUGUUUCUUGGAAAGUCUUUAAUCUCGUGGAAAAGUAAGAAACAAAACACUGUUUCACGUUCUUCCGCCGAGUCUGAGUACAGGGCUAUGGCCACUGUAUCUUGUGAGGUUUAUACGUAG